AUGGAGGCAACAAGGCUUUUGAAUGAAAUGGUGGACAACGGUAUUUCCCUCGAUAUUGUCACAUUUAAUAUAUUAAUCGAUGCACAUUGCAAGGAAGGUAUGGUUUCUGAAGCUGAGCAUAUUGUUGACACAAUGAUAAAGCUAGGCAUUGAGCCUGAUAUUGUCUCGUAUAAUGCAUUGAUUGAUUCAUAUUGCAAAGAAGGGAUGAUCUCUGAAGUUGAAGAUAUUAUUGACAAAACGAUAAAACAAGGCAUUGAGCCUGAUGUUGUUACCUAUUCUGCAUUAAUAAACGGCCAUUGCUUGCUAAACAAAGUAGAUAAAGCUAGAGGAGUUCUACAGUUGAUGAUUGAGAAGGGUUGUGCACCUGAUGUUGUUAGUUACAACACAAUGGUCAAUGGAUAUUGCAAAGCUAACAGGUUAGACGAAGCAGUGGAACUCUUUGAUGAAAUGUCUCAAAAAGGGCCAAACCCGGAUGCUGUCACAUACAGUACUCUUAUGCAAAGUAAACUCGAAGAGGUAUUGAGACUUUUUCAAGUAAUGUGGAACAACGGACUGGAACUUUAUAUAGUCUCUUAUAAUAAUCUGAUCGAUGGGUUGUGCAAAGCCGGACAUAUUGAUGUUGCGAAGGAAUUAUUUCAUAAACUGUCAUUCAACAGUUUAAAACCCACUGUUUACACGUAUACCAUUAUGAUUGGUAGAUUGUCUAAAGAGAGAUUGCCAGAUGAAGCAUACCAACUGUUUAGGAGCAUGGGAGAUGAUGAUUGUUUGCCUAAUAGCCGUUGUUAUAAUGUAAUGAUUCAGGGGCUUUUUCGAAACAUUUAUACCUUGAAGGCAACACGACUACUUGUGGAAAUGGUCGGUUAG